GAAGGCUGGGAAAGAUGAGGGGAAUUGAGUGAUGGAGAAAAACAUGGGGCGCAGGAACUGAAGUUAGCCAGAACUUCAGAUCUGACUUCAGCAGCUGCUUCCAGAACAGCCGGAAUAGGCCAGCCUGGGCAGGCGGGUCUCAGAAGGGGCGUGUCUAGUGAUUAGGUCACGGCUUUCGGUUUCUCCUUCCCGUAAACGCCUGCUCUUCUGGGCAGCGCCACUAGCUCCACCCGGUGCGGGGACUUUCCGCCGGGCCGCCCUUCUUCCCUCCCGCGGAGACUCCGGUGCAGCGGGAACGCGGAGAGUUCCAGGCUGGGACCAGACCUUGGACAGAGCGCACGAUGGCUGCGCUUGCCUGGCUGGCGGCCGCGCUGCUGCUGCUGGUCGACUGGCUGCUGUUGCGGCCCGGGCUCCCGGGAAUCUUCUCCCUGCUGAUUCCGGAGUUGCCCCUGCUCCGGGUCUGGGCGGUGGGCCUGAGUCGCUGGGCCAUCCUGGGGCUGGGGGUUCGCCAGGUCCUCGGGGUCACCACGGGAGCCCAUGGAUGGUUGGCUGUUUUGCCGCCGUUGGCAGCGGCGCUGGGGUUAGCCCAGCCGGGACUUGCCUUAUUCCGAGAGCUGGCUUCCUGGGGAGCGCUCCGGGAGGGUGACAACGCUGGAUUACUGUACUGGGGCAGUCGCCUCGACGCUUUCGCUCUCAGUUAUGUGGCAGCAUUGCCCGCUGCCGCCCUAUGGUACAAGUUGGGGAGCCUCUGGGCGCCCAGCAGCCGCAGGGGUGCUAGAGACAUGGUGUGUCGACUGUUAGGCUUCCUGGGUUCCGGGAAGCGGCGCCUCCACCUGGUUCUGAUACUCUUGGUCCUCUCCUGCCUUGGGGAAAUGGCCAUUCCCUUCUUCACCGGCCGCAUCACCGACUGGAUUCUCCAGGAUAAGACAGCUCCUAGCUUUGCCCGCAACAUCUGGCUCAUGUCCAUUCUCACCAUAGCCAGCACAGUGCUGGAGUUUACUGGAGAUGCCAUCUACAACCUCACCAUGGGCCACAUGCACAGCCGCGCACAUGGAGAGGUGUUCCGGGCUGUCCUUCGCCAGGAGACAGGGUUUUUCCUGCAGAACCAAGCAGGUAGCUCACAAAACUUUUCGUUUGUAUAAUAUAACCUAAAUAUC